AAUCGAACUUGGAGGCCAAAGCGGGCCACGGCGCCCCGUGGCGCUUUGGAAUGUCCCUCGUGAUGCCGCCGCAACCCUGCUCAGACCUUCCGAUUAUCAAAGCCGUCGACUUCCAGUUGUAGUCAAGAUCGUUGCUAUGUUCCAUCAUUCCAAGCAUGGAACAUUCGCGCAGGAACAAUAUAUAUCCUCGUAAAAUAAGCAUCAAGCAGCUCGUAUCAUCAAGGUCGCAAGAGCGUUCGCGGCUGCUUCAGUUCACCGAAGUCUACAGUCGCUCCUCAAAUGUUCCGUUCGAGACCACUGCGCGGCCCCGGUAGUCCCCCCGCCCGGCGUGGCCGGGCGGUCGUCGCGAAUCCUCGCCGCGUUCAUCCGUAUUAUAAUGCCGCACAGCCUGGACUUCAGACAGAAGGAGACUCGCCCCGUGGUGGAGCGCCACAGCCGACAGCACCCCCGC